AUGGGAGCUGGUUCCUCGCCAUGCGCCUCCUGCAAAUUGCUACGGCGGCGGUGCGCCAAGGACUGCAUUUUCGCCCCUUAUUUCCCUCCCGACGACCCCUACAAGUUCGCCAUUGUUCAUAAGAUCUUCGGCGCCAGCAACGUCAGCAAAAUGUUGCAGGAGCUGCCGCUGGAUCAAAGACCCGAUGCCGUGAACAGUAUGGUAUAUGAAGCGAGUGCUAGAAUGCGAGACCCGGUUUAUGGAUGUGUAGGAGCCAUCACAUUCCUCCAAAACCAAGUGUCCCGAUUGGAAAUGCAACUGGCGGCGGCGCAGGCGGAGAUUUUGAGCUUUCAGAUGCAACAACAGGCGGCUCCGGCGAGUUUUCCGAUGACCCAGAUGAACCAAUAUGAUCAAAAUCUUGUUUUUCUAUCAAAUGCUGAUUCUUUUAAUUCCGUUGAUGGUUCGCCGGAAGUUGAAGAUUAUUGCUCUCUGUGGAGUUGA